GGUGGGAGUGCCAAGCCCCGCCCCGGACUACAAAUCCCAGGCUCCUCCAGGAGAGAGAGAGAAAGAGGAAGGGGUCUAGAGUAUUUAAGCCGGUCUGCAAGGGGUCUAGCGGUAUGGUGCGGAUGCCUCCCUCCUGCGGGAAGUCCUUGGAAAAGGAGGAAGGCGGAAGAGUAGUGCCCUGCGGAUCUGUCUCAUGAAAAGGAAAGCAGGAAUGGAGCAGUAAGGCGGGAGAAGGCAGGCCCUUGGGGGUCUUGGCAAAGACCAGGAACUCAGUUCCUUUUGGGGUGCAGUUUGGGGGGGGGGGGAUCAGUUCCUUUUGGGGUGUGAUCUUAGCAAAACCCAGGAGGUCACUCCCUUUUGGGGUGUAGUUUUUGGAAAGUGAGUCCUUUUUGGGGUGCAGUUAUUGCAAACCCCUGGAAGGUCAGUCCCUUUUGGGGUGCAAUUACUGGAGUCCCUUUUGGGAUGCAUUUAUUGCAAACCCCCGGAAAUCAGUUCCUUUUGGGGCACAAUUAUUGCAAACAUCAGAAAAUCAGUCCCCUUCGAGGUGCAAUUAUUGCAAACCUCAGAAAAUCAGUCCUUUUUAAGGUGCAAUUAUUGCAAACCCCUGGAAAUCAGUCUCUUUGGGGGUGCAAUUUUUGCAAAGUGAGUCCCUUUAGGAGUGCAAUUAUUGCAAACCCCUUGAAAUCAGUCCCUUUAGGGGUGCAAUUUUUGCAAAGUGAGUCCCUUUAGGAGUGCAAUUAUUGCAAACCCCAGGCAAUUGGUCCCUUUGGGGGUGCAAUUUUUGCAAAGUGAGUCGCUUUUGGAGUGCAGUUAUUGCAAACCCUAGGAAAUCAGUCCCUUUAGGGGUGCAAUUUUUGCAAACCCUGAGAAGUCAGUCCUUUUAGGAGUGCAAUUUUUGCAACGUCAGUCCCUUUUGGAGUGCAAUUUUUGCAAACCCCUGGAAAUCUCUCUCUUUUAGGGUGCAAUUUUUGCAAAGUCAGUCCCUUUUGGAGUGCAAUUAUUGCAAACCCCUGGAAGUCUCUCUUUUGGGGUGCAAUUAUUGCAAACCCCAGGAAAUCGGUCUCCUUUGAGGUGCAAUGUCAUAUUAUCGAAUUCCUGCAAACCACGCUCUUUUGGAGUGCAAUCUAGGAAGUUAAUCCCUUUUUAGGGGGAACAGUUAUUACAAACCAUGGAAGUGAGUCACUUAUGGGGUGCAUUGUUUUCAAACCGUAGGAAACCUGGCGUGCAGUACAGGAAGUCCAUCCCUUUUGGGGUGCAAACUCCUGGAAUUCAGUUCCUUUUGGAGUGCAAUUAGUGCACAAACUCUUGGAAGUCAAGUCUCUUUUUGGGGUGCAUUUUGAGACAUCUCCUUUUUGGGAUGCAAUAAUUGCGCACUCUUGGAAACCAGUCCCUUUUGGGGUGCAAUUUGGGAGGAAACAUUAGCAACACCCUGGAGGUGAGUCCCUUUUCAGUCCUCUUUGCAAACCACAGCCCUUCUGGGGUCGAGUUUGGUGGGGAAAUCUGUCCUUUUAAGGGGUCAAUUUGGGUCAACCCCAUUGAUCCCUGGCUAAGAGCAGGAGGCGUCUUCAGUGUCUGCAUGGGGCAUUGCAGAGAAGAGACUUCAAUGCUGCAAAGGACCAAAAAUAUUUAUUUAUUCAUUCAGCCCCCCACUGUGGAGGCUGCAAUGCAAAGGAAGGACUUAACAUGGCCUUCUUAUUCCUAUGGCAUCCUUAGGGCCUGACGGUGCUCUCUCUCUGCCCAUUUUUCUUGCUUGUACCCCAAAAAAAACAAGCCAUGCUUUUCCUAGGCAGCUCCUUCUUGCACCUGCAGCGGGGCUGCUACGGCCCUUUCUUCACUUUCGGGGGCUUCUUUCGGGGGGCUUCCUCUUCUUCCAGCCCAGGCCUCAGGCGGCUCCGGGUCUUGAUUGACAUGGACGGCGUCUUAGCUGACUUUGAAGGCGGCUUCUUGAAGAAAUUCCAAGCCAGAUUCCCGGAGAUGCCUUGCAUCCCUUUGGAGGACCGGCGUGGGUUCUGGGUCUCCGAACAAUAUGGGCAAAUCGAGCCUGAGCUCAGUGACAAGGCGAUUAGCAUUUGGGAGUCCAAGGACUUCUUCCUCGAAUUGGACCCAAUCCCAGGCGCCGUGGAAGCCGUGAAGCAAAUGGCAAAGCUGGAAGAGACUGAUGUCUUUAUAUGCACAAGCCCCAUCAAGAAAUACCGCUAUUGCCCCUAUGAAAAGUAUGCCUGGGUGGAGAAGCAUUUGGGCCCAGAGUUUCUGGAGCAGAUUGUCCUCACUCGGGACAAGACGGUGGUCUCUGGAGACCUUUUGAUCGACGACAGGCCCGAUGUUCUAGGAGCCGAGAAGCAGCCGACUUGGGAGCACAUCCUCUUCACGGCGUGCCACAACAAGCACUUGGAGCUGCCUUCAUCCCGCCGCAGGCUUCACUCCUGGGCCGACGACUGGAAGGCCAUCCUGGACAGCAAGCGGCCUUUGUAGUCAAGCCAAGGACCCGAGAGGAGGAGUGGCUCCCAAAUGACAUCUAUGGCACUCGGAGACAGGAACAGAAAUGGUCCGAAACAAGCCACGGAGACCCCCAGACAUGAUCUUGUACCUCCGCCCUGCUGCCAGGGUCACAGAGCUGACCAUUGUAGUUGGGAAUGGAAACUACAGAGACUGGGGGCCAACUCAGGGCAGAUCAUGUUUGCCAAAUGCUCUUCUUGUGCCCAGAUCUGUUCAUGUUAUCCCAUUGGUUGGAUUGUUUGGGUGUUGGGUCUUCCAAGCACUGUUGAGAUUAUCUGUGGCUUCCCGAAAGAGGGCAGCAUUGUUACGCUUUCUGCUCCCAACGAACAUGCCUCCGUUUAUGGAGCUGAAUUACUAUUUGCCUCAAAAUGGGUUUUGAGGAGCCCAGACAGAAAUCAUCUAUUCAGACCUCGUAUUCUCAGUUGGAAACCCCAAAUGUGUGAUUUGUUUGCAAAGGGGAAUUUUUUUCUGUGUUGUUCUGUCACUUUUGUUUAAAAUGGCACCAAAGGAAGGCCGGAGAGCUCAGGACUGGUCCCAAGUGAAACUGUUGACUGUUUCAAAAGAAAGACCGAAAUACCAUAGAUUUGUUUUGUUUGUGUUGUUGAGAAAUAAAUGGGAAUGAAAAAUCCCAAUGUUUGGAUUGAAAGAA